AUGCGCCUUCCGUUUGAAAUGACAGAAAAAUAUGGUUCCGUCCAGAGCCUUGGGUCACGUGGUUGUGAAAGUCAAAAAUUGGCGGCAUGGAAGCAACGCAGCAUCUUGCCUGCCACAGGCCUGGCUCUCAUAAAGCCGCCAACGCUCCUUGAACCGCAACCAUCAUCUCCAACGACGACCAAUUCCGGAAUUUGUUUCUGCGGUGCCGCUGAAACUAAAAUACGUGAGAUGGAAGCUACUGCUACGUCCGCAUCUUCUUUCUACAUGGCCCGCUCGACGCCCAUAGAGAUCCCUUCGGUUCGCCGUAAGAUCGUACGACCGCCCACGCCUUCCACAUCUAUCAUCACAGCAACUUCGCCGGACAAUCUCGUCUUCCACAUGUCACCAGACUAUCCACUGUCGUUUCGAUAUCCCCAAAAUCUCAUGACGGAACGGGACCGAUUCAUGUAUUCAUAUCCCACCAUUGCAUCCGCUUCGGCCAGCGAUAUUCAUUCCGAAUAUACCAGCGCAGUAUGCCCGAGCCCGUCCCCGGACGAGGUAGAAAUUAUUCAGGCACCACCAUCAUAUCGCACGCGCUUCCUCGCACAUCGCCCUCAGUACCACCACUUAGCAGCACCUGCCAUCCGCGCAACGCCUGUGAGGAAGAUCAUUGGUUUCAAACCUGUCCUCCCGAGCCAAUCAUCUACCCCGGUUUCCCAAGAAUCAGCUUCUCCCGCAAUUAAAAGUUAUUCCGGGAGCUCUUGUCGGCCAUCAUUUCCAUCAUCUCCACCAUCAUCUCCUUGGAUCUCUAGCAAAGGCGAGCCGGCAGACAACGAUGCAGGUCCUGCGCCAGAGGUCGUCGUCGUAGGGGGGCACAGUGCCCUCGACUUUGAAAAGUAUCUUGUGAACCGAAUCGAGAAGUUCACCACCAAGCAUGGCUCCUUUUUCCGUGCUUGA